AUUUCGUGCAAGAAACUCUGCUACCGGUGUCUGCUCAAUCCACUAAAUCACUCACCUACAAGAAGAAAAACUUCACUAGUUUAUUACAGAGAGAAGCUUCCAAAGCUCCCAAUUUACUAACAUUAAAUUCGCCAUCUCAUUCAAAUUUUACAUUCCAUUAAUGGCACAAGCUAUAACAACCCAUCACCAAACCUCACUUUCCCUCCCAGGUUUUAAACCCAGCUUCUGAACACAUGCUUUGAGAGCCUCAACACUGAGAAAUUUUUCACAGAGGACUUUAAACAAACACAUGGUGAACUUGGUAGCGCUGCAGAGACCCUUACUGCAUGGGCUCAUGAAAAUGGCAGGGGUGCGGCCGUACACGGUGGAGCUCGAACCUGGCACGGCCAUGAACUUCUGGGUUCCAAAUGAGACCCUCGACAAGCCCAAGAAGGGCCAGAAGCCCACCGUCAAGGCCAGCCCAACAAAGCCCGUCGUGGUCCUCGUGCACGGCUUCGCAGCCGAGGGGAUUGUCACGUGGCAGUUUCAGAUUGGCGCGUUGAGCAAAAAGUACUCAGUCUACGUUCCGGACCUCCUCUUCUUCGGCGGCUCCGCCACCGAUAAGGCGGACCGAUCACCGACUCUGCAGGCGGAAUGUUUGGCUGCGGGGUUGAGGAAGCUCGGGGUGGAGAGGUGCACGGUGGUUGGGUUUAGCUACGGCGGGAUGGUGGGGUUCAAAUUGGCCGAGCUGUACCCGGACAUGGUUCGAGCCCUGGUGGUUUCCGGCUCGAUCUUGGCUAUGACUUGCUCGGUCAGCGACGAGACCAUGGAGAGGCUUGGGUGUGGGAAUUCUUCGGAGCUUCUGCUGCCCAGCUCGGUGAAGGGGCUCAAGAACUUGCUCUCUAUUGCUGCUCAUAAGAAGCUUUAUUUUCCUGACCGGCUCCACAAGGACUUCCUCGAGGUGAUGUUCACCAACAGGAAGGAGAGAGAAGAACUCCUUGAAGGUUUAGUCAUUGAUACCAAGGACCCAACAAUCCCCAAAUUCCCACAGAGAAUACAUCUGUUGUGGGGUGAAAAUGAUCAGAUAUUUCAGCGGGAGCUUGCCCACAACAUGAAAGAGCAACUAGGAGAAAAUGCAACAUUUGAAGGCAUAAAGAAGGCAGGUCACUUGGUCCACCUGGAAAGACCCUGUGUUUACAAUAGAUGUCUCAAGCGAUUCCUUGCUUCCCUCCCCCAUGAAGAUGGAGCUCAGAAAUAAAACCCAAUCAUUCUAUGUAUUUGUCUUCUCCUUCCUAGCCUAUAUAUUGCUAACCACGAUGUUUGCUCCAAGAAUUUGAAUGAAUUUUCUUAUGUUCCAAGAAUUCAGAGAUAUUUUUACUCUUUGAUACUAAAUUUGAUAGAAUGCUCCUAUUUGAUAAUUAUUUUGUUUUU